AUGGCUUCCAAUACCAGCCAGCUAUCGCCCUUGCCGGCCGUCACACGGCAUAUCACAGGCCACAAUGAGAACGGGAAAGCAGUGAUCCAUUCCUCUACACCGGCUGAAUGGCAAUCACUUGGAGAAAGCCAGAUGGCAUUCAACGUUGUUUACACGAACCAAUUCGCUCCAGAUCUCAACAAUGACGCGGACAUCAAGGCCCACGAGACCUUGACACAAUCGGACAAGCUGGGUCUCGUUAACCCGGGUGGAACGGUGUGUCGCAUUGUGGACUUCGCCCCCAACAACCCUGCUGUGGUUCACCGGACGCAGAGUCUAGACUACGGCGUGGUGCUCGAAGGGCAGGUUGAAAUGAUCUUGGAAGACAGCGAGCCAGUCAUCAUGAACAGAGGGGAUGUUGCGGUACAGCGGGCUACGAUGCAUGGGUGGCGCAACACCAGCGAGACAGAAUGGGCCCGUAUACUGUUCGUGCUGCAGGAUUGCAAGAAAUUGACGGUUGCUGGGAAGGAAAUGAAAGAAGACCUGGGAAUUGCGGCUGGAGUACUUAAGCCGAGUGGCAAUAGUCAGGAGUAA